GUCGACGAGAUUGUUUACCUCUCGCGAUACUUGGGAGGAGCUCGGAGACCCGGAAACAUGGCGACAGAACAUGGAAGAAAGUGGGACCGUUGUCUUGCAGACACCGCGGUGAAAACAGCAACAGGCCUCGGUGCGGGCAUCGUCUUCUCUCUCAUUUUCUUUAAACGACGCACAUGGCCCGUCUCGUUUGGCUCCGGUUUGGGUCUGGGCAUGGGCUACGCUAACUGCCAGAACGAUUUCAAGUUGCCGUAUUUGACUCACGGCCGCCUGGUGAAGGACCAGCAGUGAAGGAUUAACAGGGAUGCAGAUUCACUACACAGGCAUCUGUUUUCUAUUGCCCCGUCGCUUUAAGUCGAGCUCAGGGCAGUUGGUGUAUAUUUAAUAAAGUAACAAAGGAGAACUCUCUGUCUCUCUGAGAGCAAUGCAAUGCGGAUUGGGUGUGGGAGGUAAUAUUGUGUGUUAAUGAGUUCAGAGACUUGAACUCCUGCUGCUUUGGAAUGAAGGCCAGGUUCAACAUCUGCAGCCAUGUUGUAGAGCGGGAGAAGAAAGACUAUAGGAGAAAUAUGUUAAAAUAAUGGGAAAGAAAGACACUUGCUUAAAAAAAGUAAAUCUAAAAUAAAUUCUAGAAACUGACUUAUCUAAUGUAUAGUUGAGUAUGAUGCUUUUCAUAAGUUAUGAUCCUUUAGAAUGUUGCAAAAAAUUGCAUUCUCCAAAACGGUCUAUUUCUAUAUUAUAUAGAAAAGAGUGAAUAGUAUUGGCCUGAACUGUGGAUAAAGUAUCGCACAAAGGUCACAUUUAAGCUACCAUUUUAUUACAGUAUAUCUUGUCAAGGGACAAUAGUAACAAUAGUGAGUUUAAUAUACUUUAAAGCAGGUGCCGGUGGGCGGGGUUAAGGGGAGGAGUAUAUUUAUAGCUAAAA